UCACCCUGCGUGGCCGAGAUGAGAGGCGCGCCAGGGCCCCGUGCACGCGCGAGCCGCGGCCGCCUCCCCGGGCCAACAGCGGCGCAGGCUGGAGCCUCCCCCCGAAACGCCAUGGAUACAGCUAGUCACAGUCUAGUCCUCCUGCAGCAGUUGAACAUGCAGCGUGAGUUUGGUUUUCUCUGUGACUGUACAGUUGCAAUAGGAGAUGUUUACUUCAAGGCCCACAGAGCAGUGCUAGCUGCUUUUUCAAACUACUUUAAGAUGAUAUUUAUUCACCAGACAAGCGAAUGCAUAAAGAUUCAGCCUACAGAUAUCCAGCCAGACAUAUUCAGCUACUUGUUGCACAUCAUGUACACUGGAAAAGGUCCAAAGCAGACAGUCAACCCCAGCCGGCUGGAGGAGGGCAUUCGAUUUCUCCAUGCAGACUACCUUUCCCAUAUUGCGAUUAAAAUGAACCAGAUGCUUUCCCCAGAGACGAUGCAGUCUUCAAACUUAUAUGGAAUUCAGAUCUCAACCGCACACAAAGCAACAAAGGAAGGUCUUAGAGCAAAAGAAAAUCUGACAAAUGCCAGCAACAGGUCUGCUAACCAGGGCGAUCACCCACAGUUACAGCUCUCACUUGCCAUUGGACUAGAUGAAGGUACCCUCGAACAACAGAUCACCCAUCCUUCCACCCAAGCAGCUGGGGCUGUCAAACCGGUGGAGGAGCUUCAGAAAUCAUCUGUGUCUAUAAAGCAGGAGAAAUGUGACCCCGAGCCAGUGGUGUCCCAAAGUCACACGUCACCCUCUCCAGAUGUUUCUAAAACUAAUCUCAACAUGCAUUUAUGUCAUUACUGUGGGGAGUGUUUUGAUUCCCAUGGCAAUUUGCGGGAACACCUGCACACUCACGUCUCCGGCUCACUUCCCUUUGGCAUCCCAGCCUCCAUCCUGGAGAGCAAUAACCUCGGUGAAGUGCAGCCUGUUACUGAAAAGGGGGAAGCUAUUGAAAGUCACCGGCUCGGUGGCUUCCUAAUGAAAGAGAAUGGGCAUCCAUCAGAACAUCCAAGCCAUACUAACACAGAACCGUUACAGUAUGGACAGGUGUCGCUAAUCUCCAAAGACACUGAGCCUGUGGAGUUAAACUGCAACUUCUCUUUUUCAAGAAAGAGAAAAAUCAGUUGCACAGUCUGUGGCCACAAAUUUCUCCGAAAGAGCCAGUUGCUGGAACACAUGUACACACACAAAGGGAAACAAUACAAAUACAACCGAUGCCAAAGGUUUGGUAAUCCAGUAGCCCACAGGUUUCAUCCUUAUUGUGACAGUUGGUCUGACUGUACAGUAAAAAGUUCCAGGCUCUCUCAAGAUCACCUAGAUUCAUCAUGUGCAGUGGAGUCUGAUCUUGCUCCAGAAAAUGUCGAUGCAAUCCUCGUAGAAUAGCUUUGUAUGUUGCCUCUGAUGAGCUGAAACCGUGAAUGCUUCAAUUUGUUUGUGUCCUUCCACUUUGCUGAAUGUUCUGGGUACUCUUCUGAAGUUCUCUCUUCACCUAACAGCUCUGUCUUCAGCGAAAUGAGACUGUAACAAUUCUGUACACCCUUUUACUUGGAUAUUUAAACCUUAAAAUCCAAGUUGAUUAGAGAACAAGCUAUUUGUUGGCGGUGUCCAGAUAACUUAGAUCCAUCUUUCAUAAAUGACAACUUAAUUGACCUGUGUUACCCAAGAUGAGAUUGUAGAAGUUAGUGAGUGUGGGGUUUAAACAUCUAGUAUACUGAGCAGAACUUUAGAACUGUGUGUGUGUCCUUAGAAUUAUUCUGAAACCAAAGUGGGUGGAAUGUGUUCAGAGGAUAUUACUUUUCUUGAUUAGUUUAAUAUCAAUUCCCUAGAAAGAGAGACUAACCCAAAGUACAGAGGACAGGUGGGAAAUGAACAGCACAUAAACCUCAGGCUGUUCCCUUUUCCUGGUAAUCCCAGGGGUUGAUGUAGAGACAGUGGCCCUGGUUCAGCAAGCGUUUGCAGUCCCAUUGACUGAAUACAUUCUUUAAGUGUGACAUCUGCUUAAGUGCUUUGCUGCAGGAGGACUAAUGUGCAUCCUGCCCCAUUCCAAGCCCAGCAGGCCUCCCCCUGCUUCAUCAGUCCCCUCCACAAAUGUGGAACCAAAUCCUACCAAAGCUCUUCAAAGUGUCCCAUUAAUGAACCUUCCUCUGUAAGAUGGAAUGAGAUCCAGGUGAAGAGUCUCCUUCAAGAGGAUCUAGGGCAGUGGUUCUCAACCAGAGGUCUGUGGACCCCCUGCCCUUUCAAGGGGGCCGUGGGGCCCCGCAGCUGAAGCCCCGAUCCCUGGCACUCCUUGCUGGGCUGAAGCCAGGGGAGGUGCAGGGUUGAAGCCCUGAUUCCUGGCUGGUGCCCCCCACCCAUGGGGCUGAAGCUGUGAGGUGUGGGUCUGAGUCCCAGAGCCCCAGUGCUCCCUGUGGAGCAGAAACCCUGAGCCCAUGGUGGGCAGAGUUGGAGACAUGGAGGGCAUUGCCCCCUCCCACCCAAACUGCAGUGCAAGAUCAAGGCAGUCCCGGGGGCACCUCCACACCUCCCCCGAGUCCCCUCACCAUCUCCUUUCCCCGUCCCCUGGCCAGGUUGGAGGUGGGAAGCCGGAGCCGGGCAGUGGGGCAGCUGCUGCUCUGGCUGGUGCCAUGGAGCAGGCAGCUGCAGCGUUCCUUCCUCUCCUGCUCAUGCCCCAGGUUGAAGCGGCUCAUCAGCUCCCACCCUCCUUUGCUCCUGCAGAGCAGCCGGUAAGAGCCCCUUGGGUGGGGAGACCCGGCUCCGUGGCUGGCAGACCCUUCCGGGAACAGGGACAGCAGGGGAGUCCUCCCAGCACACAGCCCCUAAUACUCCUCCCUACACCCUGAGCCCGUAGUGCCCCUCUCCCUGCCCACCCACAGCCCCUAGCUACCCCCUCCCUGCACCCUAAGCUGUUUUCAAACUUUUUGAGUUAAGCCCCCCACCUUUGAGUUAUAAUUUAAAUAUAUAAACUCCCUCCCUCCCUGGACCCCACCAUGUGGAGGUGGCUCGAGCCCCGAUGACCCCUGCCCCCCCAAAUAGACAUCAAACUACACCUAUUCCCAAGGCCCCUGCCCCGAGGCCCCUUCCCCACAUCCCCGCAGGGCCCUGGAGUUUUUAUAGCCUGUCGAGGGGGGGCCUCACAGAGAAAAAGUUUGAGAACCCCUGAUCUAGGGGACCCCCUCUCUUAAAUAAAAAAUCCUUUUCCCUACUGUAAGUUAUUUCUACAUAUGAACAGCUUUGAAUAAUAUGUUCCUAACUGCUAGGGUGAUGUGAACGUUAAAAACCCAUAGAUAAGGAACAUUGUCUCUCCUUGGGCUCUUCUACAACAGUAAUACUGUUUAAAUAGAAUUGUUUUAUGCCUUUGUUAUCAUUUCCUGCAUAUCUCAAAAAUGUAUUCUUCCAAGUCAGUUACAAAUGUGCAUUCACAUUCAUUCUGACCUCAGGUUAAUAUUUUGCUCUUCUAUAGUGCUAUUUCAUCUGAGCAUCACAAACCACUUCCUGCAAUGCGGGGUAUAAGGCGCACCCUUGGGGUGGGGGGGGGAGGGGACUUGGCCAACAGUGAAAUGGAGUUAUUCUGAUAUAAAGAACAAAUUUUUUAAAUGUACUGAAUAGAUGCUGCGAGCUGCUCCACUCUGCUGCUCAAAAAACGUGUUAGAGACUUUUCAAAAAAUGUGCGUUAAGACUAGCAAUGAAAGCCUCCUAUCUGUUGCCAUGGGAUUGCAUUACUAGAAUGCACAGUGAUGGGGAAAAUCUUUGAACAAUGGUUAGAAAAAUGCCUGCCAAAAUUCCUGGUCCAAAUCUCUUUUGAAGUCAGUAGACUUCACCUGGCUCCACUGAGAUUGGAUCAGGCCCAGAAAAAAAAUCUGAAAUCAAAACGUUUUUGAAUUGCCAAAGCAUCGUAUGCUAAUUAUUUUUAGGACUAAGCUCAUCUUGAUUCGAUUUCUUUAUAUUAUACUCAGCAGAGAAGCCAAGAGCUGCAUGGACAGAGACUUGACUUUUCUUAGAGGUGGUCUCUGCACACCAGGGUUGAAGCACCUUCCAAAGGUGAUACAGGGACGCUCACGUGGCUGUUUCUUGUUGGUUGAGCCUCUUUCGCAAACACUGGCGCUUAGAAAAAAAUGACUUUGAAUGGUCAGCCAAGCCAAUCUCUACUUUGUUCCCCCAGUGUAAUUUCAACCUAGGAAAAAAGGUGUGGUUUUAACAUGUUAGUUUAUAUGUGCUAAAAUACUAAUGUAGACAAGGCAAAGUGUAGCCCUAACGUGUAUUAGCUGGUUAAGCUGAACCUUAGCCUCCUGACUAGGGUUUACCUCAACUAGUUAAUGUGUUUUAAACAGUAGACCAUGAAAACAAAACCAAGGAUUGAUGACAGUAGGACAUACAGACACAAAAUGCUAAAAGAAAGAACAAACUAGGAUUAUUCCUUGUACGUUGUGGUCUUUAGUUGUGCUAAGUGUAAUUUUUUUAAACAUUGCCAGAAGGCUUCUUAAAUGGGAAUAAUGAAACGGAGCAGAAGUCACAUCUGCAUGAGUUAUCAGCUAGCUGUGAUGUAUUUAUAUAUUAGUAGUGACUGUAUCAUAUUGAAUGUGAAGAGGAAUUUACUUUCUGAAAUUGGUAAAUAACUGUUUUGUGUUGAUGCGUAUGUGUAUCUUUUAAAACUAGUGAGCAUAAAAACUUAAAUUUUCUUCGAGUGCUCGCUCGUGUCCAUUCCAUUGUAGGUGUGCAUGCGCUGACAUGCACGGUCGUCGGAGACUUUUGCCUUAGAGGUAUCCAUUGGGCCGGCUGUGGUGCCCUCUGGAGUGCCGCACUCAUGCCGCAGUAUAUCAGGUGCCGCCAUCCCUGUGCCCUCUCAGUUCCUUCUUACCGCCUGUGGUGGUCAGUCGGAGCCCGU